AUGGAAUUCAACGUUUUAAAUCGAAAUAAAGUUGGAAGAUCAGUUUCACUGCGUUUGAACAGCAGCUACAAAUGGAAAGCUCAAACGUUUCAAAGAUCGAGACCAUUAGACAUGAACGAACUUCAUGAACAACAAACUUUGUGUGAUUUGUUGAAGACAGCUGCGUCAAGAGACGCGUGGAUGUUUGAGAGGCCGUCGCUGUUUGAGAGAAAAAAAAAAUUAUCUACAACGGUUCUACAACAACAAUCAAAAAAUUCUACAUCUCAAUGUGAAAAAACUGAACUGCCUUCAAGAUAUCAAAACAAAUUUUUGCAAGCUAAAUCAAAGCUUCACACAUCAUCUUUGGGUACAUUAGAAGAAAAUUGGUUGCCAUCGGGUCAGCAAUUGUUGAAAUUACAAGCAAGAGCAAAAGAUACAAUUGAAAAUAACCAGACUAAUGAUUUAACACAAGCUCUUGACUGGAUUCAAGAGGAGCUGUUAGUUUCAGGUGCAUUGAAAUAUUUUCUCGUGUUCAAAUGA